CGGGCGAUGCUUGAUGUGAAUUUAUCUUGACAGACAAAGAUAUCUUAAAAACACUCAGCUAGAUCGCCAUAUUCAACAAUGAGCAGGCGAAAAAUAAAUAACACGUUUCCAGAAAGGCUGCUUGGUGAAAGAAUCCGAGAAUUAUCCUGGAAUAUGGAGAUUAACAACAGAUUUGAACGAAACAAUGAGUGUGUGGUUUUGUCAGAUACACCGUACGAUGUUAACAGGUUAGAUUGGCAAGGUUCUAGCACUGCAGUUCAAAAUGUUUAUUCAUCUGACGAUGAGAUGGACAAUAUUUUUUAUAAAUUAACGAUCUGUGAUGAAAUAUAUGUGAAUAAUUCAGUUGGUAUGCUUGGCUGCCUCUCUGGUAUGUUAGACUGCCUCCCGUCCACAGGCAAGUCAAGCAUUGAAGACACUAACAUUCUGAUUAAAGUGCACAAAACUGUGGAUGGUACUGAUAGUGCACAUUUUGAAACAGCUGAAGCAAAAGAUGCAAACAUGAUUGGUGGUAAACGAUUUCUGACUGUCGUUGCAACAUAUGAACAAAUUGACAGCUUGUCGUAUCUUUGUAAGAAGAGUGUUGUAGACCUUGUAGCCAACUUUGAUGAUCUUCAUAAUGAACAGUCACAAUGUAAAAUAAUGGUAUACUUGAACGAAGCAGGAUUUACUGCUGUUACCGUCCCCAGCGAAGACCCAUCAAUGGGGAAGUCUUACAAAUCUAUGAAGACUUUAAUGCAGUGGCUACAUGGUCCAUUGUUGCCUGACGUAGAAGCUCAACCAAGCAAACACUACGAUGACCAGAUUGAAGCUGUCUUCAGUACCUUAAAAAGCAAACACAACUGCCUUGCCAAAGCCUCAACAUCAGCUGCUGACGAUAUCUUGCCAUCUAACACAUUAAUUGACAUAAAUGAUCUUGAUCAACUUCAACAUCUGUCAUUGGUUCCAUUGUUACGUGGCUAUCAAAAGAGAGCUGUUCAUUGGAUGAUUGAACAAGAAACUGUUGAUACUAAAGCAUUUGCAAUGGGUAAUGAGUGGUUUAGAUAUAUGACAACAAGUGUAGUACAGACUAGACCAGCUCCAUUUAGCUGUUCGGAUAUUGGGUCAUACCAGAAAAGAUCCAUACCCCCCAUGGAGGAAAUCGAAAAUACCCCUCUCCGGAUGUCAAAGCCCAAAAUUACCCCCUCGCUUAUUUUGCUUACGUAAUUAUUGCUGUUACAUAAACGUUCCGUUUUUUAAGAGCUACAGUAUAGCCGAUAAAAAUUGUGUGCUUGCUAUAAUCUCCGAUCACAGCUUUAUCACAGUCUCAAACCUUUGGACAAACUUAUAUCCACAUUUCCUCUCCCCCCCUUCGGACAUCCCAAAGCCGGUUUUCCACUUCGCCCGUAUCGUAGCGAAACGUACUGGUGAGCAUGCGCAGAUUGAAAAGAGGUUUAUAAAACCACGUACUUCCGGUUGUAUAUUUCGUGUAUCAAAAUAAAAAGUUUGUCGCAAGUCAACUUUUUGGCGUACUACGGACGUACUAACCAAUCAACAUUCAUGAAAUUUUGAAAUUUAAAAACGUUUUUGAUAUGUUACGGUACGAUACGCUUGAAGUGGAAAACAGCCUUAAGACAUUUUUCCUCCCUCCCCUUUCGAACAGCAAAAAUUUCCUCCUUUGGGGGGUAUAUGGAUAUUUUCUGGAAUGACCCAUUCCGGAUUUUCAGAACAUUAAUAGAAUUGCAGCCUUCCUCUGAGGCAUUCACACAGGUCCAUAAAACCAAGUAUAAAAUGCAACUGCAAAGUAAAUGAGAUCUGCAAAGAUGCUAUUGUGUUAAUAUGGAAUGAUGAAUGUCUUGCAUACUACAUUCACCUUCAAAGACACAAUUCCUUCUCUCACUAAUUACUUGGAUAUUUCUUUAACUAAUGUAUUGUUGCAUUGCAACAAGCAAUAUCUUUGAAAGGGGAGAUGUGCUGAUCCUGAAAAAAUAUGAUUGGCCAAUGCAAUUCAUUGCCAGACUAUGAAUAUACGAUCUGCAUUUUUGGUUCAUUACUUACCAUCUUGACUCAUUGAGCACCACUGCUCUCCCCUUGUCAAGUAAAAUUGUCUGGUGUUAGACAGAGUAAAAUAAUAAACUACUGUAGUAAGUAUAGGACACAGUUGGGUUCACAGAAAGUAGCUCAUUUAAUUAAUCAUCUAUUUUAGAAAACAAGAUUCCUCAUCCUCUCUGGAAAACAAUGAAUCUCGGUGACAAGCAAGCAUGUUAUAAUCCACAUACUGGACGGUAAGAUAACCUUAUUUGCACAGUAUUACAGUAUUAGGGCCGCCAAGAGCUUGGCUGGGGCCCCGGGGCAAAUUUUUUUUGGGGGCUCCUAUUUCAAAAUUUUAUCCGGAAAAUUUUUUUUUUGGACAACAACCUUUUUCAGACAACUUUUUUCGAGAUUAGUUUGUACUGUUGUAAAUAGUUUUUAUGUACGUCUGUAUUUGUGUUGUCUUGGUGGGACUUAAUUGGGAACUUCUGUUCCGUUGUCCUGACCUUCGAUCUUAUUGUUUUUGCGGACAAGUGUGUUGUAAUUGCUUUCUAGCAACUUUACCUCAAUUUUUCAUACCAAAUUUCGGUACUUUGCCCAAAAAAACAAAUAUCUUGCCCUUUGCAUGGAAAUAUUUCACCCCAAAAAAUGACUGGGGCCCAACAAAAAAUUUCUAGGGGCCCCCAGAACAUGGGGGCCCGGGGGCAAUUUACCCUGAGUGAAUUGCUGCAGAACAAUUAAUGAUGUAUGGUACUCACAUAAAAAAAACAUUGAGCCAAGAAUGAUUGAAAAGUACUGUAUAAAAUGUGCACAGUAUAAUAUUCAAUACUCAGAACUUACCAAGGUACAAACUGCCAAUUUAUGUUUGUUGUUUUUGUUUCAUGCACAUAAUAAGUAAAUAAAUAAUAAUAAAGACUUUAUUUACAGUAAACUGUUAAAAAUUGAGCAAUCUGCUGAUAUUAACGGGAGAACAGUGAUUACAAUUAUCAACGUUACACUUAUUUUAUAUAUACAGUACAAUACAAACAUGUAUACUAUAUUCCUAUACACAACAAAUACAUAUGAGACUUAUUGUCAACAGUGGUGCCUAAAUUACUUUGAAUUUGUACUUGAGUAAAAGUAGAAGUAAUUGACAAUAAAAUGACUUGAGUAAGAGUAAAAAGUACUGGAAGCAAAACGUACUUAAGUAAAAAGUACAAAGUAUCCUUAAAAAAUACUUGAAGUACAAAGUAAAAGUAAAAGUACUAUUGUCUGUAGCGUGUAGAGGGGGAGGGGGACUUCUCCAUUGAUGGGAUUGAGAUACAAAAAAUACAAAACAGCACACGCAUUAUAAAUAUGCAUUAUUUCACAGCAUGGUCUACUUUCCAGACCCCGUUGAAGAUAUAAGAAAUCUAUUAAAUAAAUAAUACUUAUAAGUAAGACACAAACGAGAGAUCCCAGACGCAUGUAGAGGUCCUAUUACCUAUCCCAAAAUUAAAAUAAAUCACACAAAAAUAAACAAAAGUUAAAAAGUAACAAAAUACUUCGCCACACAAUGAAAAUAAAGUUACUUCUUAAAGUAAGUAAAACGUUACUUCUUAAAACAACUUCGUUCCAAGUAAAAGUACUCCAGAAAAAGUUUACUUUGUUACAUGCGGACUUAUCAAAAAUAGUACUUGAGUACAGUAAUGAAGUACAUUUACUUCGUUACUUGACACCACUGAUUGUCAAGUUCUAAAAGAUGCAUAUAAACAGUAUGUUUAAAUUUUGAGAAGGAUAUCAUUUCUCUAAUAUUUAAAGUUAAAGAGUCUUUUACACCAGCAUACUUAAAUGUUGAUUGACCUAUUGCACUGUUCACCUUCGGAAGAUCAAGCAGCAUCUUAUCCCUCAGGUCUCUGUUGUGCAUGCAACGUCUGAAUUUGAACGUAUCUCAGUCUAUUAAGUUUAAGAUACACUAUCUUGAAAAUACCUAAGAUGCAAUGUCAGAAGCUUUAGUUCGCUCAUGCGCAUCUCUUGAGAACAUUUUCGCCUCCCUUGGUGAAGGAUAAUCCUCAAAGCACGAUUCUCCAGUUUCUUGACCCACCUCGUUCGAAUUGUUCCGCACUUUUAUGGUCAGCAUGAAAAAAUUGGAUAAUUCAAAAAUUUUAGUCCUACUUCACUGGUACUCCAAUAUGAUCAUUGCCGCAUACUUGAACUUGAUCUAGACAAAUAUUUCAUCACAGCUUGAAAGAGCAUCACAAAAUUAGUAAUAUUCCAAAGUUUCGUUGCGAAAUGUUGUAAAAUGCGGAAAAUAUAACCUUUUGAAAUUUUCAGUCAUUUUAGAUUACAAACGGGAAAUUGAUGCCCCAACACCCGAUUGGGCUGUCAAUUUCCCGUGCGUAUAAUACAAAAUGACUGAAAAACGGCAAACUUCGCUAUAUUAUCCGCAUUUUACAACAUUUCGUAACAAAACUUUGGAAUUUUACUAAUUUUGUGAUGCUCUUUCAAGCUGUGAUGAAAUAUUUGUCUAGAUCAAAAUUUAGUCUAUAAUGCAAAUGGUCCAUUGCCUCCAACAUUCUAUAGUCCCAUAUUGUACACCCAGGCCAUCCGUCCAGUCAUAUUUCAUGCCAGGAUAUCUCAGACUUGCACAGUUAUGCUAUGCCCUCACCAUAUGGGCUUAUGCUCUGUGGCACUGCCAGGUUUUUUUUCUGGAGGAGGGGGGAAAACUGACAAUUUGUGGGGUCUACUUCUAGGGGUCUGGGGGCAUGCUUCCCCAGAAAAUAAUUUAAUUUUGGGUCUCUGGAACAGCAUUUCCUGCAUUGUUAAGCACCUGGCAAAAAUGUGAACGUCUUAAAAUGACCUUUUAACGGUGUGAGCAAAGGCUUGAUUCAUCGGGUUUGAACAAAUCUAAAACUACAUUUUGAAGAGCACCCCCUUGGUAAGAGCAUUGUUUAUGUCCUGAUGCCCAUGCAUGCUUUGCACAUGACUCAAGGAUUAUUUUGUACAUCAUGAAUAGGUACAUCGGAUAAUGUGUACGUGGAUGUUUAUCAGCAGGAAGUGGAAGAACUAGUGAAUGAAAAGACAUAGUCUGAGUUACGAGGUUUUAUCCUACAGUAUAACCAAAACAUUGUGUGAUAAUAAAGGUCAAGACUAUAGUCAUAUAAUCACUGCAGGCGGCACGAAUAAAUAAACUUUAUUUGGUAUUAUCCUGUAGUCAAAGAAUUUCGUUAUAUUAUUCAUUGAGUUUUUUAAACAUCCAUCUAUACUCUAUAGUCUUAAAAUUCCGGUGCUAUAGUCACAUGCAUGCCUCAACUCAGCUCUGAGCACACUCCUUAUCAAGCAUGCGAGCAUUUGGCUCCUCUUGUCAAGCUGUGUGAUUUGCAGCAUUUAUGGAAAAAGUGCAAAUAUGUAACCUGUAAAUGUGUACUGUGAAUUACAGAUAAAUAAUGACACUGAAAAUCGCGCUGUGCGUGUGAGGAUUUAACCGAUUAGUGCGCAAGACUCUCCUCUUGACGAGUAAAAUUAUCUGGUAUUAGAUAGAAUCAAAUAGUAAAGUCGGGUGCAUUUGAGCGCGUUGCAACCAUUGGACUACAGUAUAAGUAAACUGAACUCCUAUGAUGAAGUCCUAUGAUUCAUUAGCCUUCCAGUACAACCAUUGAACUAUAAGUAAGCUGAACUCCUAUGAUGAAGGCCUAUGAUUCAUUAGCCUUCCAGUGUACUUAUAGUUCAAUGGUUGCAACUCAUUGGCUUCUUUCUGACAAAAUAAGUUGAUACAUGUUUUGUUGCAGAUUAUGCAAAGAUCCAGUUUACCAUCAAGGUUAUCCCUCUGGCGGUAUAUUAGCUGAUGAAAUGGGGCUUGGAAAAACUGUCGAGGUCCUUGCUUGUAUCUUAAAUAAUCCGAGACAAUCGGGAACCAAGAUCAGUGAGUCAAAUGAAGAGAUAUUGCAAACUGAGUCAAAUACUAACUCUCCCAGUGAUUCUCCCAGUAGCUCGAUGUCUGUUAGCGAUGAAAAAGAGACGUUGGUGACGUAUUCCAGUCGUAAUGAAGUCAAGGUUUGUGAGAACAAUCCGAGUUCACCUAAAACAACUGAAGAACAUCAUGUUGCCGAAGUAACCAAACGUCAUUUGCCGCUUGAUUCUGAUCAACAUGGAAAGAAGGCAAGAAUGGAAUCUUGCAAUAUUUCACCUCCUAAUGAACUAGUAUCAGUUACAAGAAAUGUCAUUCAACCUGAUGUCUUCAACAAACCUCCUUUGCCGUGUGAUUCUGACCAGCACGGAAAGAAGGCAAGAACGGAAAGCUGCGAUGUUUCGUCACCACCUCCUAAUGGCAAUGAACCAGUAUCAGUUACAAGAAAUGUCGUCCAACCCAAUGUCUUCAACAAAUCUCCUUUGCCAUCUGAUUCUGACCAACACGAGAAGAAGGAAUCCCGCGAUGUUUCUUCACCAAAUCCUAAUGAACCAUCAUCAGUUGUGAAAAAUGUCGUUCAACCGAAUGUCUUCAACAACUCUCCUUUACCGUCUGAUUCUGUGAUCUCCAAUAUCAUUGUAGGCGAAGAAAAGAUGGACUGUGAUACUUCAAAAGCAAGUAAAGAUAACGUAAUUUCUGAUCGUUUUCAAGAAGUGAAGAUUGAAGUUCAGCCAGAGAGCAAGUCACCAACGGUUGAGAAAGAGAAAACUCUAAGAUGCAUUUGUGGCAAAAGUAAAGCAGAUCCCAAGGAAGAAGUUCUGACUUGCACAAACUGUUAUCUUUGCCAACAUCCUCAGUGUAUUGGAUUGAAGAAGAACACUGAUGAGGACUAUGUAUGUCCUGAUUGUUCUGUGAAGAUGGUAAGUGGCUUUGAUGGUAAGAUGAAGCUGUUGCCACACUCAUAACAAUGUUCAAAUGUAUGUUUUCUUUUGCAGCCAUUACUGGAGUCUAACACAACUCUCAUUGUAUCCCCGGUUACAAUUGCACAUCAAUGGCUUGAUGAAAUCCAUCGUCACAUAUUGCCUGGCUCUCUUAAUGUUAUGGUACGUUAUACAAUAUGUAUUGUGUAGUUAUUUAUACACCAGGCGGAAAUCUUAAACCUGGAUGAGACCAGGAUGAGAGUUAACGCGACCUUGGUCGGCUAUUCUUAAUGCUUUCCCAACACGAUCAUGUAUUGGAACACUCAUCAAACCGUUAUUUUGUUUCGAGCUUGAAAUGUCCCGCAUAACAACGUGUGACUGCCAACUCUUAUCAACUCUCACCCUUAUCCCAGCAAGUAAUUUUUUUCCAUACGUAUUGUAGCUGACGUUUUGCUGUAUAUGAAGAUGUUGUACUGAAGAUGUUUUACUGUAUACAGCAAAACGUUAGCUAAUAAAAUUUCAUGAAAUAUGUAUGGUAUAAAAAUUAUUUGCUGGGCUUUUAUUCAUUUUGAAACUAUGUAUUGUGUACAUACUGUAUGUACUGUCGAGGUGCACCGGAACUCGCUUUCGGCUGGUUAGUUAGGGUUUCAGCCACGAGUGAUGAAAAAAGCAUGACCAGAACCCUGUCUUCAUUAGGAAAAAGAAUGUAAAGAUCAUUUACUGAUGAACAUCGACCAAAUAAUUGGUCACAUUACUGACAUUAUUUGAAAUACAUACUACCAUAGACAUGUAUAGAGCGUUUGCUCUCAUUCCCCAGGGACCAACUCAACAAAAGCCAUGGCCGCCAUGUUGGUGUUCCAGACAAAAGAGUCUAAAUAAAAUUAUUUUGAAUUGAAACACCAACAUGGCGACUGUGACGUCAUGUGCAAACGCUCUAUUCCAACUUUUAAAGUUGACAAAUUAAGUAACAUACAAUCAGAAACGGUUAAAUAUGUAAUGUAACUCGGUUCCGGCCGGAUUUUUUCCAGCUCCAGUUUCGGCCGGAACUUAAAAUAAUAAUGGUUCCAGUGCUCCCCUAUACGUAACAUGAACAUACUGUAAUGUAUGUGACAGUAAACCAUUCUACAGUAAUGUGCUGGAGUGUGGGAGGACGUUUCUGAAAUUUAUUUCAUAUGCUGAAAUUGAAAUUACAAAUAACUAAUUAGCAUUUCGUGCGCUUGGUGUAUGUGCCAUUUUUGAGGUACUGCCUCUUCCACGUCUGAGAGCGUACACACCGCGAAAUGCGAGUUUUAUCACUGUAGUUGUGUGUGGUAAAUCUACAGUAACAACUUUGAAAAGUCGCUUUUCACAUUGCUUGCGAUUGACUCUUACCGAUGGAAUUUUAAUCAUUUAUAGACCCUCCGCUUGGGGGAUUCGGCGAUAAUAUUUCGCCGAAUUUCACCAAUCACCCGAGCGAUAUGAUUGAUUGAAAUCACCUGUUACGUCAAAUACGAUGACGUAAGGCGUGAUUCGAUGGUAAAUUUUAUGCUCACUUGGCAGAAACUUAGCUUUUUGAUUGGACACUUUGAAUUUGAGGUAUAAUAUUACUGGAUAGCUCAGGAGUUGAGUCUCUCAACAUUGUAUUGUUUUAUUUAAUGUAUCUCUAAUAUUAACUUGUCGAAUAUUUGUAGAUUUAUGAAGGAGUGGCUAAACAAGGUUUUGUCUACCCCUCUGUCCUGGCUGAUAAUGACAUCAUUCUCACAACUUAUGAAGUGCUUAAAAGAGACUUCCAUCACUUGCCUUCCAAAAAAGGUACAUACCCUGUAUAUUGAUUUACUCUGCUUGUACAUAAGUUGGUCAUGUAUCUCCAUGAAACUGCAUGUUCUGCAAAUUAUUGUGUCUUUAGCAGUUGAAGGGAUUGAUAUAUAGCAAAUUCUAAAUAUUGAUACGGUGAUACAGUAAUAUAAGAUAAAUAAGGAAAAACUGUUGUACUGUAUGAAGUUAUUGUUUAACGUGAGGAUUGUUUAAUGAAAAAUGUUUUUACUCUAGAUAACCACAAUUACCGCCGUCCUAAGAGAUAUGCAACAUGGCCAUGUCCACUGACGUGCAUUAAAUUUUGGAGGGUAAGUUUUUAGUUUUCAUUCAUAUAGACAAUGACAGAGGUUUGCGAUUCUGAUCAGCGCGAGCCUUCGCCUCAGGCGAUGAUGAUUGUGAUACAUGUACGUUUACACUGUUUACACUGCCAUCGAAUGAAAGCUUGGCUUUAGCCCAUGGCUAGGCUAAGAAAGCUAGGUGAGCCCAGAUUUUGUGGCCUUGGUCGAACCGAGGUAGACCAAAGUUGUUUCUGUUACAGUAUCGAAAUGUAGGCCAAAGCAAGGCUCAAGCCAGGUCAAGAUUCUCAGUGUAAACAUGGCUUCAAAAGCCGGCUUAUUGUUCGCUGCUUUUGAUUUAACGGCUGGUAAAAAUCUAUCCCAGAAAUUGUUCCCUUUACUUAGUGGUCCGCCUUGUCUUACGAAUCUUGCUUUUUCCAAAGUUUCUUAAUUAUUGGCAGUGAAACUUCUCGAAGCUCUUCAAAAGCUCGUAACGCGCUCGAACAACUAUCGCAUUCAGCAAGAAACAACCGUAAUUCUUCCGUUGAACAAAAAUAUCGAACUACUCCACGCCUCUCCGUGAACAACUGAACAUGUUACCUCUUACGGCACUUACAGUAUAGUGGCUACAAUGCACUUUGCUACAUCGUGUGCAUUCCACAAAUGUUCAUCGUAUUAUAUUAAAUCAAUUUAGAUUUGCCUCGAUGAAGCCCAAAUGGUGGAAAACACCACCGCUAAGGUAUAGUUUAUUCUCUGGUACGAAACGUUCACAUGUAGCCAGACAAAUCAUUAAUGCAGAUGUAUGUCGAUUUUUUCAAAUUCACUUUUUAGACGACAGAAACGGCAUUGAACCUUUCAGCUGUCCACAGGUGGUGUAUAACAGGAACACCCAUUCAGAAGACUAUUGAUGGUAAAUAUAGAGCAAAACACUGCACAGUUGAGGAAUUACAGGAUUACUGUAUAAUGACCUGAAAUAUACUCAAUAUAACGUAGCCCGUUAUAUAUACUGUUAAGUUUGAGUCAAAUUUUGAUCCAUCAUCAUUGGACGUUUUUCAAGGAGAGGUGAAUGAAUUUUCAAGAGAGGUGGAAAGAAUCUUAGGGAAAAUGCAAAGCUAUCUCAGGGGAGGUGCGCACCUCCCCACGCCUCAAAAUCCGGCUGGUGCAACGUACACCGCGAGUACUCGGUUUUCUCACAUGAGUCUACUGUGUACUAGUCUCUUACCCACAAGAUGUUAACGGUUUUUGUAGAUGGAAAUUUCUAGCGAAAAUACUGUAUAUAUACAAUUAACUGUUUGGGUUGCGAGUUGGAUGUCCCCAGAAAAGACAUUUGGGCGUCUUGUCCAUGCAUGAAUACUACUGUAUAUGGCAAUUUCAUAACUUGUUCAUCCCUACUUUUUGAAGCUUCAUUUCGACCUAUACUCUAUGUAUGCAUGACAUCCGUGAUGUUUUAGCAGACCAUAACGAAUGUACUUUGAAUAAUCCAUUUACUUUCAUCGAUAAUUUGCUUGCAAUUUUUCUAGACCUUCAUGGCUUAUUCCUGUUUCUUGGUGUUGAACCAUACUACAGAAAAACAUGGUGGAAAAAGUUGCUGUACGAACCAUUCAUGAGAGGAAACUCAAAACCUCUCAGUGAUGUUCUUUAUAAUGUUAUGUGGAGAACAGCUAAGAAAGAUGUCAUUGACGAGGUAUGUUGAAUGUUUGUGUCCAACCAAACCGGGUUUUAGUAUAGAUUUCAGCAUGAUACAUAGAAUUGCAG